CGCCGGUGCCACUUUUGACGCUGGCUGUCAGGUCGGGUUGGGUAGUAAAUGACACUUGGUUUAUUUAUUAAACAUUAAUUGGUUACUGGUGUGACUGCGGCCCCAAAAUGUUAGCUUUAAUGAACCGGAUACUGGACUGGUUUCGCAGCCUGUUCUGGAAGGAGGAGAUGGAGCUGACGCUCGUGGGGCUCCAGUACUCCGGGAAGACGACGUUCGUGAACGUUAUUGCAUCUGGCCAGUUCAGUGAGGACAUGAUCCCGACGGUCGGCUUCAACAUGCGGAAAAUAACAAAGGGGAACGUCACGAUCAAAGUGUGGGACAUCGGGGGGCAGCCCAGGUUUAGGUCCAUGUGGGAGCGCUACUGCCGGGGCGUCAACGCGAUAGUAUAUAUGGUAGAUGCCGCAGACCCCGACAAAAUCGAGGCCUCCCGGAAUGAGCUCCACAACCUGCUGGACAAGCCCCAGCUGGCGGGGAUCCCGGUCCUGGUGCUGGGGAACAAGCGGGACAUGCCGCAGGCGUUAGACGAAAAUGGCCUUAUUGAAAGAAUGAAUUUAUCCGCGAUCCAAGACCGCGAAAUUUGCUGUUAUUCCAUCUCUUGUAAAGAAAAAGACAACAUUGACAUCACGCUCCAGUGGCUGAUUGCACAUUCGAAGUCAGGCAUGCGUUAAUAGCUCUGUGUGUCAGGUCAAAGUAAUCAUAUUUUAACAAAAUGCCAAAUUUUGGUUCGUAUGGUGCAAUUAUUAAUUUAGUCCUAUGGUCGGCUGUGCAUUAACACCAGUCUCAAUCCCGGAAAAUAUGCUUACUUUGGCGCGAAAUUUCUAUUUUCCAUUUCAAAAUGUUGUGGACCAUUCGCGCUUCAUCGUGUGCCCCCUUCGUUAAUUUUGCGUUAAGUUCAAGACUAAAUUGUGUGAUGGAUAGAGCUAUCCCUUUUGAAAUUAAAAAUAGAAAUUUAUAUCGAUAGGUUAAUCACUUGCUAAACAAUGUAGAUGUAAGUUACCAUAACUCUACAACUGUUAACACGCUGGUUUUUUCAUUCAUCGUUGUUAGAACGUUGCCGAUCGUCACUAGUCUCAUGACUCGAUUGCUUUCAUAGAUACGAAACAGGGAAAGUAACAAAUUGUUCUCUCAAUUAUUUUUUCCACAUUUUAUUUGUACAAAGUGAGAUUUUUUAUAUAGUUUUAAUUAUCGCAAUUAAGUGAGUAUUUGUUUGAAUUCAUUCAAUCAAUCUAUUAUUUUCUCAUUUAUUGUAGAAAUUCUAGGUCUGGAAUAAAAAUAUAUUAAGUG